CUCUUCAUUUCUCAUCUCAGCCAUUCCUCUGUGUCUGUGUGGAAGUGAAAAAUGGCGGCCGCUGCAUCCUUCACCCCAUCUCUCUCCACUCCAUCGUCUUCAUCUUCUACCUUAAAAACUUCCAAAUCCAAAAACCUAGCCGGUGUCAGUUUGGGAUUCCUCUCGUCAUCGUCCAAGUCUGUGAAGCUUCUAAAAGCUGGUGUAAAAAGCAGUGGCAGCUCACGCUCCGCUCUCGGUGCUCGUAUGGUGUCGAUGCCGGCCGUCAAGCCAUAUCUUUCUCUCGAUUUCGAGAGCUCGGUGUUCAAAAAGGAGAAGAUCUCCCUUGCGGGUCACGAUGAGUACAUCGUAAAAGGAGGAAGAGACUUGUUCAAAUUGCUUCCAGAUGCAUUUAAGGGCGUCAAGCAAAUUGGGGUUAUUGGUUGGGGUUCCCAGGGACCUGCCCAGGCUCAAAACUUGAGAGAUUCGCUGGCUGAUGUUAAGUCUGAUAUUGUUGUCAAGAUUGGACUUAGAAAGGGCUCCCGCUCUUUUGAUGAAGCUCGAGCUGCUGGUUUUACUGAAGAGAAUGGCACUCUGGGUGAUAUAUGGGAAACUGUAUCUGGGAGCGAUCUUGUGCUACUUUUGAUUUCUGAUUCUGCUCAGGCUGAUAAUUACGAGAAAUUAUUCUCCCACAUGAAGCCAAACAGCAUCCUUGGGCUUUCCCAUGGGUUCCUUCUUGGGCACUUGCAGUCAAUUGGACUUGACUUUCCAAAGAACAUCAGUGUGAUUGCUGUGUGUCCGAAAGGAAUGGGUCCAUCUGUAAGGAGACUUUAUGUUCAAGGGAAAGAGAUCAAUGGUGCAGGAAUUAAUUCAAGUUUUGCGGUCCACCAGGAUAUUGAUGGUAGAGCUACUGAUGUUGCCCUGGGAUGGUCCGUUGCCCUUGGUUCUCCUUUCACAUUUGCCACUACCCUUGAGCAGGAGUACAAGAGUGACAUUUUUGGGGAGCGGGGCAUUUUAUUGGGUGCUGUUCAUGGAGUUGUGGAAUCCUUGUUUAGAAGAUACACAGAAAACAGAAUGAGUGAAGAUCUGGCUUACAAAAAUACUGUUGAGUGCAUAACAGGCAUAAUUUCCAGAACAAUCUCAACUCAGGGAAUGUUGGCUGUAUACAACUCCUUUUCUGAAGAAGAGAAGAAAGAAUUUGAGACUGCAUAUAGUUCUUCAUACUAUCCAUGCAUGGAUAUUCUGUAUGAGUGCUAUGAGGAUGUUGCCAGUGGCAGUGAGAUCCGCAGUGUUGUCUUGGCUGGGCGUCGCUUUUAUGAAAAGGAUGGGUUACCAGCUUUCCCAAUGGGGAAAAUUGAUCAGACACGCAUGUGGAAAGUUGGUGAGCGUGUCCGAACACGACCAGCUGGUGAUUUGGGUCCAUUACAUCCAUUCACUGCUGGAGUCUAUGUAGCAUUGAUGAUGGCCCAGAUUGAGAUCUUGAGAAAGAAAGGGCACUCGUACUCAGAGAUCAUUAAUGAGAGUGUGAUUGAGUCUGUAGAUUCUUUGAAUCCAUUUAUGCAUGCCCGUGGAGUUUCCUUCAUGGUUGACAACUGCUCUACCACAGCUCGAUUGGGUUCAAGGAAAUGGGCUCCUCGCUUUGAUUACAUAAUCACACAGCAAGCAUUAGUAGCAGUGGAUAAUGGUGCUCCUAUCAACAGAGAUCUCAUCAGCAACUUCCUCUCAGAUCCAGUGCACGGAGCCAUUGAAGUCUGCGCUCAACUGAGGCCGACAGUGGACAUCUCAGUGCCACCAGAUGCCGAUUUUGUGCGCCCAGAGCUGCGUCAAUCAACCAAUUGAGAAUCCUAGAGAUGGCUUUUGUAGUUUUUGAUAGCCUUUAAAGUUGAAUUCUACAGGUUUGUUUGAGGCGGAGACGGACUUUAGAAGACUACACGAGCAUUAUAGUUUUACUAGGGUGGAGUCUUUUAGUUUUUCUGGUGAACAUCUAAAACCUAAUUAUGUUUCCUCUAGCACUAAUUUGGGCUUUUUAUCAUAUCUUAUUACCGUCAA